AUGUUUGGUUCGACAGCGGGUCAUCCUGGUCUCUUAUCCGAGACUUGGGACUGCGAAAUGGGGUGUAUGCGGAUGUAUGCUUGGAAGGGAGCGACAGCACCGGGGGUGGUUUCAGAGUUUGUUGCUCACUGCUGUGAGCUGCGCCAAGGACGAGAAGCCCCGUGCCCUUACGGGACACUGAUCACUCACGGAUUCAUUUUGGAUGCCAAGGGCAAGAAAAUGAGCAAGAGUCUGGGUAAUGUCAUUAGUCCGAUGAGCAUCAUCCAUGGCGGCAAGGAUAAGAAGAAGGAACCCGCUUAUGGAGCCGAUGUGUUAAGGCUUUGGGCCGCGACCGUCGAAUAUGGAAAGGACGUAUCUCUCAGCCCCACUGUUUUGAUACAGGCAGCCGAGACACUGCGCAAAAUACGGAAUUCUGCGAGUUUCAUUCGAGCAUCAGGACCUUGGAUUAGUGAGUUUGCAACAAAUACUUGGUUCCUUAUCCUACUCCACGGGUUAGAGAAAGGCGCAUUGGAGGCUUACUCAACUUAUAACUUUCAGAAGAUUGUUCAUUCGGUUUCUGCGUUCACAAACAACAUAUUGUCUUCGUUCUACUUUGACAUAAUGAAAGACACGCUAUAUGCCGAUUCGCCUAGUGGGCCGAAUCGGCAGAAGGCCAUUGGCGUGAUGUUAGAGAUCCUGCGCGUUCUUUGCAGCAUUGUGGCGCCAAUUCUCCCGCACCUGGCAGAAGAAGUUUACGCUCACCUUGAUCAAUCAAAUUCUGGUAGCGCUUUCCAAUUAGGCUGGAGGAGCGUGCCAAGCAUCUAUGAAGAUAUGCAAGUAUGGCAUGAUAUGCAACAUGUCCUUAGCAUCCGCGGGAUUGUUUUGGAGUCUUUGGAGAGAAUCAGGCAGGAAAAGUUGCUUAGAAGCGCACUUGAGGCGUGUGUAGAUAUCAAAGUCCCAGGGAAUGGGCCUAUCGCCAGCAUCCUUCAGAGGGAGAAAGAGACACUGGCUUCGCUUUUCAUCGUUUCUGGCGUUACUUUGGGAGAUGAAAUUGAGGUGGAGCACCCCUGGUCGCACGCCGAUAGGCAAAUCAUUAUCGGCUCCGAGUCAAUAAGUAUUAGGAUUCGCCCCUCACUUGGUUCCAAGUGUCCAAGAUGCUGGAAGUGGACUGCCAACCACUCCAAGUCUGCGCAGAACGAUGUGGAAAGACCCAUUCGAAGCUCGGAUAGUCCCUGGUUUAUUGAAGAUGAAACCGGACGUACUAUAGGGUUUGAAGAGGUUCGGUCACGAACUUGGGGUCUAGCGAAUGGUGUACGAGGGAGGUGGCCAAGCAUUCUUGAGGAUGAUGUUGUUUGUAUAUAUUCUCCGAAUAACGUUGAUUUUAUGGCCGUUGUAUGGGGAGCACACCGACUGUCAUUAACAGUUUCAUGCGCCAACCCGGCCUAUACCAAAGAUGAGCUUGUUUAUCAAUUGAAGGCGACUAAAUCCAAAUUAUUGUUCGCUCAUCCUUUUAAUAUCAAAAUCGCGCUGGAAGCGGCUAAAGAAGUUGGCCUGGAGACUAGUCAGAUAAUCACACUUUUGACCCCCGAUAAAGAGCUGAACAAGCGCACUUAUGGGGUUUUGAAUAUUGAUCAAUUGAUAAAUGAGGGCCUGACAUCUCGAGAGAAUUUUAAAGAAAGGAAGCUUGGUCCAGGAGAGAAUAAAACAAAAGUCGCUUUUUACUCCUUCUCGAGUGGAACCACCGGCAAACCUAAGGCGGUUGCCAUCCCGCACCAGGCUGUCAUAGCAAAUGUAAUCCAAAACGCUGCAUUUGUCAGGCUCAAUGAUCCGACGCUUCCAUUGGAGAAGGCUCGUUACAGAAAGGGAGACGUUAAUUUGGGGGUGUUGCCCAUGUUUCAUAUCUAUGGCCUAGUGUUUGUCACACAUUUUGGCCUAUUUGCUGGGUUGCCCAUGGUUGUUAUCCCAAAAUUCAAUUUCGUAGAUAUGCUUAAGAGUAUCGUCAAUUAUCGCAUUACCCAUUUAUCCUUGGUCCCACCUCAGGUCGUUCUUUUCUGCAAGCAUCCAGCAACCCAUCAAUUUGACCUUUCUCAUUGCCACUUUGCAUUGGUUGGUGCGGCACCCGUUUCCGCAGAACUAAGCGACCAAUUCAAGCGGACUUUGCCCAACAUUCAUUUUGGGCAAGCUUACGGUAUGACCGAAACAUCUACAAUUGUUACAAUGAUCCCGCUAGAACAUGCGCCCGGUCCAGGUGGAGUCGCUGGAAGUGCUGGAAGACUUAUUCAGAAUACUACGGCAAAAGUGGUCAAACCUGAUGGAAGUCUUGCCGGAUAUGACGAGCCAGGCGAAAUGGUUGUGACAGGUCCACAAAUGACUCUUCGAUACGAAGGAAAUGAAGCAGCCACUAAAGAAACUUAUGUAGAUGGCUGGGUGCAUACUGGAGAUGAGGUUAUCAUUAAUAAAGCCGGAGACGUUUUCAUAGUCGACAGGCUGAAAGAACUCAUCAAGGUGCGGGGAUUCCAGGUUGCCCCUGCGGAACUGGAAGGCUUUCUACUGGAUCAUCCUUGGAUCGACGACGCAGGUGUCAUCGGGUUUCCUGACGAAUUCUCAGGAGAGCUACCACUCGCGUUUGUAGUUCUUUCUGAAGAAGGGAAGAAAAGCGGCAAGGACGAACUCUUUGUGUCAGAUAAAAAGAUCAAGUAUAAAUGGCUCGAAGCAGGCGUGGUGUUCAUCGAUGCGAUACCAAAGAACCCCAGCGGAAAGAUACUGCGCCGUACCUUGCGAGAUAAAGCUAAAGGGCUCACGCCAGCCAAGAGAGGUCUACAACAACGAUGCUCCAAGCUCUAA